AUGUCAUACUCGUCUCCAUUACCUCCAACUGUUACUCCUGGGUGGAAUGAUCCUCCGAUAAACCUUGGUGCUAAAACGAAUGGAACUGGAGUUCUUGCCCAAAAAUAUCGUAGGCCUGUUGAUCCUUCUAUUCAGGUUAGUCAUAUCAUUGUGGCCGUUUUUUUAAGUAUUAAUCAUCACACUAUUUUCAUUGGUUUUUUUCAGGUAUCUGGUCAAAUAAAUGUGGCGCAGCCGGUUGGACAAGCCGAGUUAGCUGCGGCAGUUGAUGAGCUUCCACGGCCGCAUAGUGCUGCUGCCUUGUCAAGGGCGCGAAGCAGUGAAACUUUUACAAGGACAGGAUCAGAGGAAUUUCCACGGCGUCAGGCUGUUUAUGAUGCUUUUACUGUUCCCACCGGUAAAUUCGGAAAUAUACGUUUCUUUUUAUGCAGGUCUUUUUGUACAACUCGGUUUACUUUAUUUCAGGAACAAAGUCCUAAAUUACCUGUAAUGAAUAUUCUUCCUCCGACUGCCAAUAUGCCCAUUGAAGCAAACCCAACAGCAUUGAUUUACACUCCGCCUAAUACCGUUGGUGAGGACGCCCAGAAGUUGUAUCCUCUGUCAGAUUCUUCUGAUUUUGUUCCCCCUACAAAAGCUGCUGGUGACGUUUCAUUGGAUGGAAGGAAACUUGUUGAAUUUUUGUAUAAAGCCACGAUAAGGUUGCCUCCGGGAGUCACGAGAGAUGGCAUACAGCUACGCAUAGGGCACUUUGAUCAAGCUGUUGUGGGCAAUGCUCUCUCUGACCCUUGCAUCAAGAAACUUAAUUUUGUUGUAGAUGCUCUGGACCGUGAAAAUUAUGAGGAAGCAGCACAGUUUUUCGAUCAGUUUCAACUAUCAUUUCCUGAAGAAUCUCGGACAAGUUGGGCCCAAGGUAUUAGACUACUGUUACAGGAAUCUCUGCGUUGUUUUCGUUGGUCUAGUCCGUUGCAUACUCGGCACUAA